AUGAGCUCUCCAUCAAAAAAGGGUCAAUAUAAGCUUCCCGAUUGUGAAAGGUUGCUGCGGCAAGAUGAUAUGCGAAGGCAAGGUCAUUUGUUGAGUGGUUUAAACUUCUUGAGAUCCAUAUCGCCAAAGGAGGUGGCGGAGUACAAUUUGGAUACGGGUGAAGUAACUCAGUUUAGAAUAGAUUCACCAUUGUCUCAGAAUGGCGAAGAUGAUGACUUUAAUCACACAGAUGAUGAUUUAACGACCAAAGAAGACCUCAUGAAGUGGAUUGAUCAAUUCAAGAUAAUGUCUGCUUCAAUGCAAUUAAAAGCUCUGUCGUUGCUAGUUGAUGAAUGUUCGCUUCCACACAUAAAACACCUUAAUUCAAUUAUAGAACCAUUUUUUCAAAAGGAUUUCAUUCGUGAUUUGCCUUCGGAGGUCGCUUUGCAUAUAUUAAAUUUCCUUACGCCCACAGAUCUCGUUAAUGUUUCGAGAGUUUGUCGAUAUUGGCAUAGGUUGGCUGAAGACAAUCAGUUAUGGCGAAAAAAAUGCCAUGAACUAGGUAUAGAUAUAAUGGAUCCUCCGAGGUUAUUACUUAAACACAAUUGUUAUCAAACCUUAUUCCAUUGUAGGUCGAAAUGGAAAGCAAUGUAUCUUCGACAUAUGCGUAUACAGGCAAAUUGGCGUUCUUUGCCUUUAACAGGUUCUUGUAUUUUGAAAGGCCAUGAUGACCAUGUAAUAACAUGCCUUCAGAUACGUGGUGAUAUUAUUGUGACUGGGUCGGACGAUAACUCGUUAAAAGUUUGGUCAGCAAGUAAAGCAAAGUGUUUACAUACUCUUGUUGGGCAUACGGGUGGCGUAUGGUCUUCACAAAUGUCGGAAUGCGGAAAAAUUAUUAUUAGUGGAUCGACGGAUAGGACCAUAAGAAUUUGGAGCACAGAAACUGGACAAUGCCUGCAUAAUCUUCAAGGCCAUACUAGUACUGUUCGUUGCAUGUCGCUUAAAGGAGAAAUGCUUGUUUCGGGCUCUCGAGAUACAACAAUACGUUUGUGGAAUAUAAAUAGUGGCGAAUGUAUAAAUAUUUUACGUGGACAUGUUGCGGCUGUGCGUUGCGUGCAGUUUGAUGGGAUUCGAAUCGUGUCUGGAGCAUAUGAUUAUUCGAUAAAAGUGUGGAAUGCAUUUGAUGGUCAUUGCGUGCAUACAUUGGCAGGCCAUACGAAUCGAGUUUAUUCAUUAUUGUUUGAUAGUGAUAGAGACGUUGUAGUAAGUGGCAGUUUGGAUACUACUAUCCGUGUAUGGAAUGUAAGGUUAGGCAUAUGCUUGCAUACUUUGAUUGGCCAUCAAUCUCUCACAUCUGGAAUGCAACUUAGAGGCAAUAUUCUUGUUUCUGGUAAUGCAGAUAGCACAAUUAAGGUAUGGGAUAUUACCGAUGGGCAAUGUAAAUAUACUUUAUGUGGUCCUAAUCGUCACGCAUCUGCAGUAACCAGUUUGCAGUUUCUCGAAAAUGGAUUAGUUGCAACAAGUGGCGAUGAUGGGUCAGUUAAAUUGUGGGAUGUUAAACAAGGCAUUUUCAUUCGUGAUCUUGUACGUCUUCGUUCGGGUGGGUCAGGUGGAUGUAUCUGGCGUUUAAAAUCUACUCCAACGAUGCUGGUAUGCGCAGUAGGUUCUCGUAAUGGAACAGAAGAUACGAAGUUAAUUAUGCUGAAUUUUGAUUCCGAUUAUCCUUAG